AUGCAGGUGUUUGCAUGGAGAUUUCUGGAGCUGCACAUCCUUAAGAUUGUGUCUACUUGCACUAUCUGGAUUACACUUCAAGAGGUGUGUUUGAUGAACUACAUUUUCUUUAUUGUGUGGACAUUUGCUAUUCCUUAUUCUAAAUUUCGUCCCUAUGCCUCAAGAAUCUGUACAUUUUGGUCUUGUGUGAUGAUCAUCUGUAAAAUGUUAUACCAGCUGAAAUUUAUCAAGCCCUGGAAUUAUUCCUCAAACUGCACUCAGGUCAGUGAACUGUAUUUGAAUAUGACUUACCAUUCUAUCAAUGUUGAUGAGUUUUUGGAGAAAUCAUCUUUGUACGUGGCACCAAUUGACCCAGCACUCUGGAUUGGAGGACUGAUGAAGUGCAGUGACAAUAUUCUUCUUGCUCUAAAGAACCAUCUUACCAUCCUGAUUCUAAUGGCUUUAGAAGCAACAGUGUAUCGCCACCAAUAUUUUUACUGGACUCAGAACCAACUAUUACCACCUGUCACAGGUAGCCUUUUUAAUAAUAUUGCCCGGCAGAACUUGGAUGAAGGGCUACUCAACUGCAUCAAAUACUUUCUCAACUAUAGUUUUUACAAAUUUGGACUGGAGAUAUGCUUUGUGGCGGCAGUUAAUUUGAUUGGGAAACGCAUGGACCUCUAUGCACUUAUCCAUGCCAGUUGGCUGACUUACCUGUUGAGCUAUCGUGAGAGGAAAGCAAUAGCCCAAAUCUGGCCCAAAUACUGUUUCUUCCUUGCCAGCAUUGUGGCCUUUCAGUAUUUGCUUUGUAUUGGUCUCCCACCUGCUUUGUGCCAAGAUUAUCCGUGGAGAAGUUCCCACUGGUUGUUCCCUUCAAAUCUGAUUAAGUGGCUUUAUUUGCCUGAUUUUGCUGAAAGACCCAAUACUAAUUUUCUCUUGUAUGAUUUCCUCCUUCUGCUUUUUGCUUCUUUCCAAUGGCAAGUUUUUGAAGAUGAGGAUCAACCUGUAGUCAGGCUGCAAGCUGGAGAUAACUCAGAGAUUAAUCAAGAUUUGGGCCCAGCAGGGCUCAGUGAAUUCAGUCGGGUACCAAACUUUAUCUAUUGCAGAUCUUAUUUGGAUCUGAUCAAAGUGUUUAUAUUCAAAUACCUCUUCUGGAUUGCCCUUUGCCUAAUUUUUAUGACUGCAACAGCCAGGAUCAACAUCUUCUGUGUAGGCUACUUGGUUGCCUGCUUCUACUUUAUGCACUUUGGACAAAGCCUUCAUCUGAAGCCCCGCAGCGACAUUCUUAGACCAUGGGACUACUUGAUUGCCUACACUACUUUGGUUAUAACAGUAAAGAAUCUUCUUGCUGUUGGAGCAUGUGCAUACCUUAAUAAAUUACAAAUAAAUUAUUGUUGGCUAAUUCAGAUCUUUGCUAUGUAUUGCACAAUACCAGGAUAUAAUGUAGAUCCACCUAAUGAUGAGAUAUGUGAAUUGCCCAAGGAUGAAGCAGGAAUCCUGUGGGAUGCAGUAUGUUUCACAGUCUUACUGAUUCAGAGAAGAGUUUUUAUGAGCUACUAUUAUCUCUAUAUUGUGACUGAUCUCAAGACUACAGAUUUCUUAGCCUCCAGGGCGGCUGAGAUGUUUGAGUUGAAGCUGAAAAAAAGGGUGAAUUCUCGGAUGGAAGAAAAUAGAAAAUCAAUGGAAAUCAUGAAAAAGCAGAUGGACCUGAUUAAACCAAAAUUUAAAAACCAAAGCUCCUGCAAAGUAUUAGAAACAGAGUCUGAUCAGAAAUUGGAUGAGGAGGAUCCAGGAGAUGAUAUCAGCAAGAUGGAAAAAGGGAAUAAAAAGAAUUGGUGGCAGCCGUGGGUGACACAUAAUUCAGUGGUUCGAAGUGGGAGCUAUUACCUUUUUGAUACAGAUAGUGAAGAUGAAGAAGAAGAACAUGAACACUCUGAAAAGAGCAAAAAAGAAUUAUUUAAAAAGAAAACAGCAUGGCAGCUUGCAUAUGAAGCCUGGAUGAGCAAUGCAAAAUCAGCUCUAAAUAUGAGAGAGCAAGAUGAAAUUAGAAGUCAAAGAAAUAAAAAGAAGGAGGAAUGGAAAAAUGAGCAAUUACGAGGGGUUGAAAGAGCUAAUGUCAGUUUGGAAUCCUCUGAUGAAAAUAUAGAGAUACUGGCUUCUGAAGAGGACUUGGAUAAGUCAGAAAGUAUUGUGCAAAGAAUAAUCAACAUUAUUAAGCUUAUCUCCAUCUUGAUGCGUGCAUUGAUGGAUGGUAUUAUAGAAGCCCUUAAUUCCCUCGUUAAAGAUAAUUUGGACAUUGCUGAUGCAUUGAGAUUCGAAAAAUAUAUUCUUUGGCAACAGGUGAACAAGGGAAAUGAGGUUUCAGCAGAUAUGGUUCUACAGCAUUACAGAUUUGAGAAUAAUCAGCCAGUUUACAGCGAAUAUAAAGCCAAAGUAAUAGGAACUGAGGAAAGCCAAGGCAAGGUAUCUGAAUCUUCACCGACUGAGAAUACUGAGCCUUUAUCUGUGCAAUUCAGGAAAUCCAGUGAAACUGACAAAGAUGUAAUGGGGAGUGAGAAGAUAGAAGUGGGAAAUGAAAAAGAAGCCCUCUCCCAAAGAUUCACUCUGAUCACUUCCUGGGCAGAACCUGCCGUUCUUUCCAUCUCUCCAUCAGAAAUUCAAGAGUGUGCAGAUUCCUUGUUCACUAGAAGUCCAAAAGCCAACAAGCCAUUAGAUGAAAUAUCUCCUAUGAUGACAACCACUGAGCUGGUGCUUAACAGCAUUCUUCAUGACAAUGAACUGGAACAGUCAGAUACAUUUUACCAGUGCCUUCCUUGCCUCUUGAAGCUGGGAGUUGCUUUGUACCAUGUUAUGAUCUCUUCAUCAGAAAUGCUUUGUUAUUUUGUUAUCAUUGUCAACCACAUGGUUUCUGCUUCCAUUCUUACUUUGGUUCUCUCCAUCUUGAUAUUCCUGUGGCCUAUGUUGUCCUUUCCAAGGCCUACCAAAUUCUUCUGGAUGACGGCAAUCAUUUACACUGAGAUAAUGAUUGUGAUCAAAUGUAUUUCCCAAUUUGGAUUCUUUCCUUGGUCUUCUAAGCUAUAUUGCAGUAUCAGUGCAGAAGCACCAUUUGCCUUGCCAAAUAUAAUUGGGAUUGAGAAGAAAGAUGGAUAUGCACAAUAUGAUCUGGUGCAGCUCCUAGCCUUGUUCUUGCACAGCGUGCUUUGGAUUUAUCGGCCUAUCAAGCAGUUCUUCUAUGACAUCAUUUAUCCUGAGAGCAGCCCAGUCCGUGAUAUCUAUGUUUUCAUCUUCAUUGCUGAUGUGAUUAAUUUUAUUAUUACCAUCUUUGGAUAUGGGGCAUUUGGGAGGCAUUCAGAGGAUGAUAUAGCAGAAUCCCUUUUGGAAGAUGAAGUCCCUGGACCUUGGCUUGUGAUACUCUUGAUACAGUUUGGCACCAUAAUAAUUGAUAGGGCACUCUACUUAAGAAAGAACACGUUUGGGAAGUGUGUUUUCCAAAUGAUCUUGGUCUUUGGCGUUCAUAUUUGGAUGUGUUUCAUUUUGCCACAAGUAACACAAAGGAGAUUUAACAGGAAUAGAUUGGCUCAGCUGUGGUAUUUGGUCAAGUGCAUUUAUUUUGGUUUGUCCGCAUAUCAGAUCAAAUGUGGCUACCCAAAUCGGACCACGGGCCACUUUUUAACCAAGAAUUACAACUAUAUAAACCUCCAUUUGUUUCAAGGAUUCCGCAUACUACCUUUCUUGAUUGAGCUGAAGGCUACUAUGGACUGGGUCUGGACUGAUUCUACACUCAGCCUGUCCAGUUGGAUCUGCCUAGAGGAUAUUUAUGCAAAUAUUUUCAUUCUAAAAUGUCAGAGAGAGUGUGAAAAAAAAUAUCCCCAACCUCCUGGGCAGAAGAAGAAACCAAUUAUGAAAUAUGGGAUGGGUGGCUUCACUAUCUUCUUACUUGUCUUCAUUGUAUGGUUUCCACUUCUUCUUAUGUCAUUGAAAUCUGUGGCAGGUGUCACCAACCAGCCUCUGGAUGUUUCUGUCAAAAUUACCAUCAGUGGUUAUGAGUCCUUGUUCACUAUGAGUGCUCAGCAACAAAAUCUGGUUCCUUUCACUCAUGCAGUAUAUAAUCAAUUCACUGCUCAAUAUGCUCUCUAUCCUUCUGCCUCAUACUUUAUAGAUCGCUAUAGCCCAGAGGACAUUGUAAUUGCUAAAAUAAAAGGCAAUGCCAGCCUGCUUUGGAGCAUCAGUCCAGGGAAUCGAAAAGCUAUGAUCACAGAGCUCUCUAAUUCCUCUGCAGUGUAUGUCAACUUUCACUGGACUCUUACCAGGAAUGCUUCUCUUGUGACGAAUACUGAAGCAUCUGGUGUACGUACUGUGCGAUAUGGAGAGAAGGAAAUAAGGGACCAAAUCGUUCACAUGCUCUCUGGGACUCGGACUGAACCAAUAAUUCCCCAGUCAGAACCCAGGUCUUUGCUCCCUGUAUUACAAGACGUAAAUAGAAUUAAUAUCAGCACAGGCAUGUGUUUUGUUAUGAGGAAGAAAGUGCGGGAAGCAGAGACUAACUUGUUUUCAACAGUUCAUUCCCAGAAGUUAGAAGACAUUGAUGCGAUGGCCUUCUUCAGAAAUAUAACCAUAAAGCUGCAGCGUUUGCCAGACAAGGAGUCUUCAAGUCAUGUUUCUGAAUGGUGGAUUGUUAAAGAGCAGAAGCCUCUCUGUUUGGAUAACAGAUGCAGCAAGAAUAUGGAGAUUAUAAUUUGUAACGAUAAAGUUAGUCCUUCUGGUCUGGGAUUCGUCACUGCAUAUGGCAUUGCCGGUCUCUAUAUGUCAUUUGUUUUGGUUAUUGGGAAAUUCAUCCGAGAGUAUUUCAAUGGCCUCUCGCGUUCCAUCAUGUUCGAAGAGCUGCCCAAUGUGGACCGCAUCCUGAAACUGUGCACAGAAAUCUUCUUGGCCAGAGAGGCUGGAGAAUUGGAGCUAGAAGAGCAGCUUUUUGCUAAACUCAUCUUUCUGUACAGAUCACCUGAAACGAUGAUCAAAUGGACCAGAGAACGCAAGGAAAAAUAA